AUAAAAGUGGCGCUCGACCGCCAACAGCAGCCAUUGCCUCUCUCGCUUUCCACCAUCACCAGCUAUAUACAAAUAUAGUAUAUAUAUCCCUGAUUCUUCAAAAAAUCAGCAGCAAUAGCAACGCAGCACCAGCCGCAGCAGCAAUAGCAGCAGCAGCAGUCGCAGCAGUGUGGACAAAUUCUUUAUUUUUUUUUUUUGUUUUUUAAUCGCGUGUGUGAAAAAAAAGAAAUCCUUCGCUGCGAAUCGAGCAAGUGCAUCAAACAACUCCAACAACAACAACAAGUGAACACAUCCCAAAUAAACAAAAAAAAAACAAAAGAAAAUCCUCCUUCCUUCCAACCCACGAUAAAGAACUGUGAAAGUGCAACGGAAAAGCUGAAAAGCUAAAAAGUUGAGAAACACUCACAAAAGGAUUAAAUCCAAGCCUGGAAAACUGUGCAAUAAUCUUUUGAAAAAAAAAGAAGACCGCUUCGAGAGCCAAGCCAGCCAGCCAGUCAGCCAUCCAGCCAGUCCGCUGCAAUCGCAAAAGAAUCGGAAUCGGAAUCAGAAUUAGACGAAAAGCUCAAGGCAUCCAAGCUAACAUAGAAGAUUCUCCGAAGAAACCGACUCGUAGAAAGAUCGCUGAAGACCGUUAAGCAGAAAUCGAAAGCAAAUCAGCCAAGUAGUAAUGCAGUCAGCCGAAAGCAGUAGACACCGAUCCACCCACACAUUCCGCUUCAGCAUGGGUCCUCUGAUGAUCCUGUCCGCCGCUCUGGUCCUGGUUGUGAUCCUACCAGGUCAGGCCACCGCCCGGAUGGCCUUCGAGAAGCUGACAGACUUCGACUUCCCCGGCAACACGUACUACAGCGUGAAGAACCUAUCGCUCUACGAGUGCCAGGGAUGGUGCCGCGAGGAGGCCGACUGCCAGGCGGCGGCCUUCAGCUUCGUGGUUAACCCACUGUCACCCUCCCAGGAGACGCACUGCCAGCUGCAGAACGACUCCUCGGCCGCCAAUCCGUCGGCAGCACCCCAGAGGAGCGCCAACAUGUACUACAUGGUGAAGCUGCAGCUGCGCAGCGAGAACGUCUGCCACCGUCCGUGGAGCUUCGAGCGAGUGCCCAACAAGGUUAUCCGCGGAUUGGACAACGCCCUCAUCUACACCAGCACCAAGGAGGCCUGCCUCUCCGCCUGCCUCAACGAGAAGCGCUUCGUCUGCCGCUCCGUCGAGUACGAUUACAACAACAUGAAGUGCGUCCUCAGCGACUCGGAUCGCCGCAGCUCCGGCCAGUUCGUCCAGCUGGUGGACGCCCAGGGCACCGACUACUUUGAGAAUCUCUGCCUGAAACCGGCCCAGGCCUGCAAGAACAAUCGCUCCUUCGGCAAUGCCCAGCGUAUGGGCGUCUCCGAGGAGAAGGUGGCCCAGUAUGUCGGCCUCCACUACUACACCGACAAGGAGCUCCAGGUUACCUCCGAGUCCGCCUGCCGUCUGGCUUGUGAAAUCGAGUCCGAGUUCCUGUGCCGCUCCUUCCUGUAUCUGGGCCAGCCCCAGGGUGCUCAGUACAACUGCCGGCUGUACCAUCUGGACCACAAGACCCUGCCCGACGGCCCCUCCACCUACUUGAACCACGAGCGCCCCCUGAUCGACCAUGGCGAGCCCAUCGGCCAGUACUUCGAGAACCAGUGCGAGAAGGCACCUGGCUCGGGACCUGGCUCCCCGCCCGGCACCCUGGACAAGAUCGACACCCUGCCCGUCAGCCUGGACACCAUCGAGGACCCCAACCUGACCAACCUGACCCGCAACGACGUCAACUGCGACAAGACCGGCACCUGCUAUGAUGUCUCCGUUCACUGCAAGGACACCAGGAUCGCCGUCCAGGUGCGCACCAACAAGCCCUUCAACGGACGCAUCUACGCUCUGGGACGCUCGGAGACCUGCAACAUCGAUGUCAUCAACUCGGACGCCUUCCGCUUGGACCUGACCAUGGCCGGACAGGAUUGCAACACUCAGAGUGUGACCGGAGUCUACUCCAACACAGUGGUUCUGCAGCACCACAGCGUCGUCAUGACCAAGGCCGACAAGAUCUACAAGGUCAAGUGCACCUACGACAUGAGCUCCAAGAACAUCACCUUCGGCAUGAUGCCCAUCCGCGAUCCCGAGAUGAUCCACAUCAACUCCUCGCCGGAGGCCCCGCCACCAAGGAUCCGCAUCCUGGACACCCGCCAGCGCGAAGUGGAAACUGUUCGUAUUGGCGACCGUCUCAACUUCCGCAUCGAGAUCCCCGAAGACACUCCGUAUGGAAUCUUUGCCCGCUCCUGCGUCGCUAUGGCCAAGGAUGCCCGCACCAGCUUCAAGAUCAUCGACGACGACGGCUGCCCCACCGAUCCCACCAUCUUCCCGGGCUUCACCGCCGACGGCAAUGCCCUGCAGUCGACGUACGAGGCCUUCCGCUUCACGGAGAGCUAUGGGGUUAUCUUCCAGUGCAAUGUCAAGUACUGUCUGGGUCCUUGCGAGCCGGCUGUUUGCGAGUGGAAUAUGGAGUCCUUCGAAUCUCUGGGCAGGAGGCGUCGUCGUUCUAUCGAAAGCAAUGAGACCAAGAGCGAGGACGACAUGAACAUCUCGCAGGAGAUCCUGGUUCUGGACUUUGGCGAUGAGAAGCGCGAGUUCUUCAAGGCCGAUCCCAGCACGGACUUUGCCAAAGACAAGACUGUCACCAUCAUCGAGCCGUGUCCCACGAAGACAUCGGUCCUGGCCCUGGCCGUCACCUGUGCUCUGAUGAUCCUGCUCUACAUCUCCACCUUGUUCUGCUACUACAUGAAAAAGUGGAUGCAGCCCCACAAGAUCGUAGCAUAAGGCGCCAAGGACGUGAGCCUGCGGAAUGCGGAACGAGUGGAAUGAAACACAGCUGCUAAGGAAGAAGAAGCUGUGGAAAUCAAAACAACAAAAAAAAGAAAGAAAAGAAAACAAAAAGAAAAUACACAACAAAAUUGUCACUCUCACACACAUAAGCUCUCUCUCUCACACACACACACUCACAUAGACAAGAAAACAGGACACACAUCCACACACACACACAUGCACACAUAACUGUUCAUGUCUAUAUCUUUGUCUCGCUCUUGCCCAGGCAGGCUUAGCCACUCCCACACCACACAGACACUAUCUGCUGACAACCGUAUAAUUUUUUGUUUUUUUUUUUUUAAAUGAUAUAUAUAUAAAUUAAUAACUUAAUAUACAAUUUAUUUAUUUAUAUUUAUUUAGACUUAGAGCGUGAGAUACAAAUUUCCCCACAAAAAAAGAAAACAAAAACAAAAAGAAAAGAAAAAAAAAAAAGAGAAUUUUUCAACACUAACACGAAGAAAGUGCACACUUCACUUAUACGAAAGAUAAGGAAAAGGAGCAAAGAAAAGAAAAGAAUUAAAAAGAAAAGAUGCGAGCGCGUACUUUCUAUAAAGUUACGAAAGGGUAUAACGGAAUUGGAACAUCGUCCAGACGGAGAGAGAGCGAUCAA